GAGAGAACUGCCAAUUUGGCCAACAACUAAAUAAUUAAUUAACGAUGUGAUCCUACAGAAAAAUGGUUGGUCUUGAUUGGCGUUGCUCCUGGUUCACCGGAGAAGCCACAAUUAAUGAAGGGAAACAUGCAACUUUACUCCAUGGAUCAACAGUGUAGUCAGGCUCUUGAAGCUCAUGCUGCAUCCUUUGCUCAAUUUAAGGUGAGAUUUGAUAUGAUUAUGCGAUCCUUUUCUUGCUAGUGCUCAGUAAUGUUUAACUGGUUAUGUAGUUUAUGUCUUGACUUGAUUAUGGUUUUGGUUUGAUUGUACUUUAUUGUUGUUUUGGUUACCGAUUUUGUUCUUUAUUGUUCUUGACUGUCUAUUAGUACUAUUGUAUCGCAAAUUAAUGGCUAUUGUGCUUUAAUUUUAGACUUAUAUAUUAUUAGUGAUUAUUAUGCUUUAAUUCUAGACUUUGGCAUCUACUUGCUAUAUGUUUUCUAAGUGAAUUUGCAUACGCACGCAGUUUAAAGAGUUUUGAGGUGGUUCCUUUGGUUCAUUCUAAUUAGUAUAGUCUUUUUGUGCAUUGUACAUGGUUUCUAAAGAAGAGAAUUGGCUGAAGAGGUAAGCUAUAUCUCUAAACUUAUGUUUUUAUGCAGUUCGUUCAAUUAUUUAGCAGAUCAACUUAAAUUUGAGUUAAAUAGGUAUUUACACUAUUGUCGGACUGAAUGCAACUUUCGUCUAUCAGAAUCUGAUGCAACAUUACUGCAAAAAAGUUAUGUGAAAAUCAGGCAGGAUAUGAGGCAGCAAACCAAUGAAACUGGAGAAGUUACUACACCAAUUAUAGUAAGAUCUCAUGUUGCUACUGAGGAGGAUGUGAAAGAAGCAAUAAGGCUUUUCACCAUGUCUACAAUGGAUGCUGCUCGGUCUGGAAUACACCAACAAAUCAGUCUCACACCAGAAAUGGAAAAUGAAAUAAAGGUUUGGCUUGUGUUUAAUCCUUCUCUCCCUUAAUCUAGCUUCAUUUUUGAUAAUAAAACCAAAGCCAAAAUGGAUUUGGCUUUUGUUACAUUUGCCAUUAUUCAGUGAACUUGAUGGCGACACAAUUAGUCUUAGAUAUUUUUGCUUACUAAUUUUGCGAGAAAAUUUUUGUUUUUAUCUAGCUAUUCAUGGAAUCAGUGAUUUUCAGCAAUAUUUGAAGUUUGAUUUCUAUACAUGUGCAUGACACUCUUUUUUCUAAUAUGAUAUCCUUUAUUUUAUGCUAACGUAUAAUUUCUUGAAUGUUGUCCUUGUUAACUCAGAGAAAGUGUUCAAUGAUAUCCUCAGAAAAGUUCAAGG